GGUGUCGGGGCGCGUUUCGUUGUGUUCCGGCUGAAAUUUGACAGAGGGAGAUCACAAACAAAAAAGCUCUCCUGCCCGUUCAGCUCGAAGCCCCGGGGCCGACAGGGGGAUCGGAUGCGACGCCUUGAUGCUCAGCGACCAAACGAUGUCUGUGGUUUUUGACGGGACGCCGCUGAAAGCGAUGCAGAGCUCGCACAGUGUGACCCAGCAGCCUGCCCUGAGCACCCAGGAAUUGUCCCAGGAGAUCAAGUCCUUCAUCAGUGGCGUCGAUGCCGUUCAGGGCCGGAAGCUCAGCGUCCGGGAGCAUGCCCGCUGUGCUGUGCGGCUGCUGCGCUCCGUCCCAGCAUGCCGAGGGGCGGUGCUGGAGCACCUGAGGGGCGUCUACGAUGAGCACGUCUCCGCCUUUCUGCAUAACCUGGAAACAGAGGGCAGUGCCAGCUCGGGAGUGAACUCCAACCUGGAGGACAUCAUUCAGGAGGUUCAUGGCGUGCUGUCAGAGUUCAUCCGCCUCAACCCUCGAGCCUGGGCCCCGCUUGUGUCCGCUUGGGCUGUGGACCUCCUGGGCCAGCUGAGCACCAAACACGCCGGGCGCAGGGUGGCGCCCCACUCCUCCAGCUUGAACGAACUGCUGCAGCUCUGGAUGUCCUGUGCCGCCACCCGCUCGCUCAUGGAGGCCUACUCCCAGUGUUUGGCGGCCAUGCUGGCCUGGUGCCCCGACGCGUGCGUGGACGCUCUGUUGGACACCUCGGUUCAGCACUCCCCGCAUUUUGACUGGGUCGUGGCUCACAUCGGGUCGGCCUUCCCGGGCACGAUCAUAAGCCGGGUGCUGGCCUGUGGACUGAAGGAUUUCUGCUCCCACGGGGCGAAGGAGCUGGUCAUCGGUGUGGAUAAAGGCAGCAGAGUGCCAAAAAUUGGCUCGGUGGUGGGAAUCCUGGGACAUUUGGCGUCGCACCACUCGGACAGCAUCAGGAAGGAGCUGCUCAGAAUGUUUCAGGAGAGUCUGAGCCCUUCAAGCCCGCUGUCUCCCACUUCUUCCUCGACAUCUUGGGAAAGUUCGCCUCAACUUCGCCGUGCCGCGGUGCCUUUCCUGCUGCAGCUGGCGGCAAUGUCCCCAAAUCUCUUUGGCGCCGUUUCCGCAGAGCUGGUGGAGCUCUUACGUCCUCCCGUCUUGAUCCAGCUGCAGGCCCUGCUGCAGGGCCUCCCCAGAGAGGAGCUGGACAACAUGCUGGGCCUGGCCGUCCACCUCAUCAGCCAGAGCCCGUCGGGAGGGGCCAGGGUCCUCCGAUUUCUGGCCGACACUGCAACCCCAGCUUCGGUCAUCAUCUCCGGCCCGACACCGUCGCCUCACGAAGGAGUCAGAGAAGGCUGCGACCGCCUCCUCCAGAUGCUGCUUCUACAUCUACACAAACUGGUCUUCAAUCGCUCCGACGCGGCUGAAGUCGGUCCCCACCACUCGGCCCUGUCGCAGCCCCAGAGGGUCAUCCCCUUCCUAGACGAGCUGCAGUCCCACGUGGGUCAGCUGUGCGCCGAGACGCUGCGACUGGAGAGGAAGCGCCACCUCUGGCUGCACCAGCUGCUGUGUCUGCUGUCGGUGUACGGCGGUCCCAGCGUGGCGACGGAGGCCCUCUGUCAGCUCCUCACCCAGGCCCGCAACCCGGAAGAGUUGGCCCUGGCCUGGCAGCUGCACACCACGCUCUCCUCCUGCAUGGCGGGACUCGUGCCUUCCGCCGUGACGCGCUGCGUGGCCCAGAUUCACACGCACACCCUGGGGCCCCGGCAGCUGAGGCAGCUGCUGCUCAACCUGGCCGCAGCCAUCCAGAGCCAGGACGAGGAGCGGAGGGGCGCGGCGGCGGCGGGCGCUCAGUCCUCCAUGGCCGUCCAGAUGGGCUCGGCCGUUUCGGGACACCUCCACGACUUCGGCCCACUCCUCCUCCACGGCGACCCGGCGGUCUCCCAAGCAGCGGUGUACCUCCUGUCCUGCAGCCCGCUCCCCCGCACCUCCUCCCCGGCGCACCUGCUGCUGCUCUCCCGGGCCGCCGUCACCCAUUUCUUCCUGGCGCUGCGGAGAAGGGGGGAGGCGGGGAAGGUGGGCAGAGAUGUGGGGCAAGCCGGGGAGGCGGUGAACUGUUCGGUGCAGCUUCUGUCCCGCUUCGCAGCGUAUUCUCCUUUGACUCUGAAGGCGGUGCUUCAGCAGCUGGUAGAGGGCGCGCUGCAUAAAGGCAACGCCGACCUGUUUGGGGGACAGAUCGCGGACAUGUCGGGCGCCCCUCUGGCCUCCCCGUCCGUGUCUCCUGACCUGGGAGCCUCCCUGCUGGACAUCAACUGUCGGUUCGGUACCACUGUUAACUUCUCCGGCAGCGUCUGGUCCGUGUUCCAUGCUGGGGUGAUUGGAAAGGGACUGAAGGUCCGCACUGCGCCACAUCUGCUGGACCCAUCUGGAGUCAUCCAGAACAUCCAGACUCUCAUGUCCGUGGUCGUCCAGUGUUGCAGCUCCUCCGGUCUGAACGGGUCCAUCAACGGCUCGCUGGCGACCUCCGAUCCGGACGAGCCGCCCCCCAUCAACGCCGAGGCAGCGAAGGUCAUCGCCGUCACCCUGGUGGAGAACGUCUGCCCGGACGUGGCUAACGGCGAGCUGUCCUGGCCCCCCGAGGAGCACGCCCGCACCACCGUGGAGCGAGACAUCCACAUCCGACGGUGCUUCGAGGCCCACCCCGUGCUCUUCUCCCUGCUGCAGGUGGUGGCGGCGGGACGCCCGGCGCUCUGCUACUGCUCAGCCGUGCUCAGAGGCCUCCUCGCCACGCUGCUGUCUCACUGGGAGUCGUCCCGCGGCGUGUCAUCCACGGACUCCCUCUGGCACCUGCAGGCGUCCUGCCUCCUCGUGUCCUGCAUGGGAGAAGGCCAGCUCCUGCCUCCUGUUCUCGCCAAUGUCCAUGAGGCGUUCCCUCACCUGACCCCCUUCGAGGUGAGGCUGCUGCUCCUGGCGGUGUGGGAGUACGUGAGGGGGAACGGACCCAUGCCUCAGAAGUUUGUGUUCAGCUCGGAGAAGGGCCAGUUCUGCAGGGAUUUUUCCCGUGACGGUGACGUGGCGAGAUACGUGGCGCCGAUUCACAGCGUCCUCCACAAAAACAUCGACAGACUGGGACACCUCUGCUGGCGGUUCCAACUCUGAAACGGCUGUGGGUUGGCAACUGAGAGGGACGGCAGGAAAUAAGAGUUUGCAAAAAAUAGAGGGACGUUGUUGCAUUUCUCCAGGUGGACUGAAAAGUUGUUGCCACUGUCCUUCGGUUUCAUACGAGAAGGGCUGUGCGCAUGUGUAGCUGUGUCCUUUUGUACUGCAUUUUUAGAUUUGACAUGUUCCAAACUGUGUCUCAGUGACGAUGAAAGCCACGUCUAUACCGUGCUAAUAUAUCAUUUCGACACAAAAAAUUGAUGUUCAUGUUUCCAUUUGGUUCAAAACUACAACCUGGCCUUGCUAAAGUGUUCAUACGUUUUCAUGUUUUAUAAUUGUGGCUUUAAACAUGCUGUACAUUCUCUUUAUGUUAACAAACUGCUGUUUAAACCACUUCAUAAAAUAAAUUUGGUUCUAAAUCUUGA